UGGCUCAUAGCUCACUGAUGUCGAUUUCAAAUAAUUCGUCUGUUUCCUUGUCUGUGGCAGCUAAGCCAUGUGGGGGUUUCCUGCGCGCUUGUGCAGCGCAGGGUGGAGCGGGAGGCGGGAUGCGCCAAUGGAAAAGACGCACCGCUCGUUUAUUGGACCAGACGCGGAGUGAGCGCAGGCAGGACGCGCCUACCGAAGCCCAGGGACUUCGCGUUUUUUCCUCAGGGACGGGAGACAAAAGGGUCCGAGACACCUGUCAGGAGCGCUACGCAUCCCGGAGCUGCGUGCGACGCAUCUGGAGGCUGCGCGUUUAGUCAUGGGCGCCCUGUUAUCGCUCCUGUAGCGUGUGCGCGACAAAGGAGCGCAAAGUUGCUGCGCUGCCUUCUCGGGUUUCUUUGUUAUUCUUUCCGUGUGAUCGAGCCGCAUGAGUUCGCCGCUCUUUUUAGGUCAGUUGGUCGGGGUUCCGUUGGAAAUAAUGCACCACACCAUGGAGAAGGACACAACUUACACCAAGAUCUUUGUCGGCGGGCUGCCGUAUCACACCAACGACGCGUCACUUCGGAAAUAUUUCGAGACUUUCGGGGACAUCGACGAGGCGGUGGUGAUCACGGACAAACAGACGGGAAAAUCCAGAGGAUACGGCUUUGUGACCAUGGUGGACAAGGGGGCGGCGGAGCGGGCGUGCAAGGAUGCAAACCCCAUCAUCGACGGCAGGAAGGCCAACGUGAACCUGGCGUACCUGGGAGCAAAGCCCCGCAGCUCACAGACCAGUCUGUCUGUUGGAGUGCAGCACGUCCAUCCUACCUGGGCUCAGAGGCACUACGGGCUCUCCCAGCAGUACGUCUACCCCCAGGCGUUCCUCCAGCCGAGCCUGGUGCUGCAGUCCCAGCUCAGCCCUGCGGGGGCAGCGGCGGCGCUGGCCUCCCCGUACCUGGACUACAACUCUGCCUACAGCCCGUACGCGCCCACAGGACUGGAGCAGUACCCCUACACCCCCUCGCCGUCGCCCUCUGCUGGGUACCUGGGCUACGGCUUCCCCCCUGCUACGCCGCUGGCGGCCCUCACGGCGCCCCUCACGGCGCCCCCGACCCCCCCGGCCGUCAUCCACCCCCCGCUGGCCGCACUCGCCGCCGUGUCCGCCGCCCCGCAGGCGUUCCUCCACUACCCUUUGCACCAGCCUGACCGUAUGCAGUGAGCAGCCGAGUGGAGCCUGCCGAUGCGAUGGUGACUGCUGACAGUGACUGCUGACCUGUGGGUUCAUGAGGAUGUGACUGGAUAACCAGGAAGAGAGUGUUAUGUAUUCAAAAGGGCUUUUGAAAAACACUCUCUUUCCUGUUUUUUUCUAUAUUAUUGUUGUAAUUAAUGUUUUAUUAAAAUUGUCCUCAGCAUACGA